GGAGGGGCCAGUGAAACUGAAAGCGGGACUAACUUUAACUUCCUCAUUUAGAGCGAACAGAAUUAGGGCAAAACAAUUAAACACCAAGAAGAAUUAGGAAAGGUUGAGAAGAUGAUGAGUGUUUUUGUGGAGGAAGUGGAUGGAGCAGAGUCUCCAGGAUCCAGAUGUGUGUCUAUAAAGAAUGAGUGGUCUAGAUGUGAGCCUUCAUCAUUCAGUCCUGAACCUGGAGUCUCAGACACAAAAGAGCAAAUCCAGAGAGAAGAAGCAGAACCUCCAGGACCCAGCUGUCUGUCUGUGAAGAGUGACUGGUCAAAACAUAAGUCUAUUGACUUCAGUAAUGAACCUGGAGUCAACAAAAAGAGGAGCUGUGUUCCGGUGGAGGAGCAGCCGUCCUGCUGUGCUGUGUUUCAGGAGGUUCUGAAGGAUCCAGUCUCUAGAAGCUGUGGACACUGGCUCUGCAGACAGUGCUUCACCUCAUACUGGGACCAGUGUGUACCAUCAGGUGACUCCUCCUGUCCACAUUGUGGAAAACGACCCAGAACCAGAUCUGGACCUCUGACGAGCUGUCAGACCAGCACUGUCCAAAUAGAUGCUGUGCUGCAGGAGGCUUUAGAUGAACAUAAGCUCAGUCUGAGGAGCAGAUGUGAACGUGUGACUGAAGGAGGUAAAACAGGAAGUGGAGUCCUCCUCACCAGCAUCUACACUGAGCUCUACAUCACAGAGGGACAGAGUGAAGAGGUGAACACCCAACAUGAGGUGAGGCAGCUGGAGACAGCUUCCAAGAAGAAGACCCUCCAUGAGACUCCCAUCAAGGUCCACAACAUCUUUAAAGCCUCCUCUGACCCACACAGACCCAUCAGACUGGUUCUGACCAACGGCGUCGCUGGCGUUGGAAAAACCUUCUCGGUACAGAAGUUCACUCUGGACUGGGCCGGGGGCCGGGAAAACCCAGACCUCAGUAUUCUGGUUCUGCUGUCGUUCAGGGAGCUGAACCUGAUCAAAGAUCAGCAGCACAGUCUUCUCACGCUGCUCCAUGUUUUCCAUCCAACGCUCCAGAAGGUCCCAGCAGAGCAGCUCACUGUCCUGAAGCUUCUGUUCAUCUUUGACGGCCUGGAUGAAAGCAGACUCUCACUGGACUUCAGCCACAGGAAGGUUGUGUCUGACGUCACACACAAGUCAUCGGUCAACGUGCUGCUGACCAACCUAAUCCAAGGGAACCUGCUUCCCUCCGCUCUGGUCUGGAUCACGUCCCGACCCGCAGCGGCCCAUCAGAUCCCUCCUACGUGUGUGGACAGGGUCACAGAAGUACGAGGCUUCACCGACGCCCAGAAGGACGAGUUCUUCAGGAGGAGAUUCAGCCACGAGGAGCUGUCCAGCAGAAUCAUCUCACACGUCAAGACGUCCAGGAGCCUCCACAUCAUGUGUCAGAUCCCAGUGUUCUGCUGGAUCACUGCUACGGUUCUGGAGCACAUGUUUACUACAGAGCAGAAGAAAGAGCUGCCAAAGACCCUGACAGACCUGUACUCACACUUCCUGCUGGUCCAGACCAAGAGGAAGAGGAACAAGUACCAUGAGGGACAUGAGACCAGUCCACAGGAGCUGACGGAGGCUGACAGGGAAGUUCUCCUGAAGCUGGGAAGACUGGCGUUCAAACAUCUGGAGGAAGGAAACACCAUGUUCUACCAAGAAGACCUGGAGCAGUGUGGUCUAGACGUCACAGAGGCCUUGGUUCACUCAGGAGUCUGUACUGAGAUCUUCAGGAGAGAGAGUGUGAUCUUCCAGAAAACAGUCUACUGUUUUGUUCAUCUGAGCGUUCAGGAGUUUCUGGCUGCUGUUCACAUGAUGCACUGUUACACAGAAGGGAAGAUGGAGGAACUGAAGGAGUUUUUGAGGAAAGACUGGUAUGAUGAUGAUUAUUCAUCUUUGGAUGUUGUCCUGCGUAGAACCACCUCUAAAUCCCUCCACAGUCAAACUGGUCACCUGGAUCUGUUUGUUCGCUUCCUUCAUGGCCUCUGUCUGGAGUCCAACCAGAGAAUCUUAGGAGGCUUGCUGGGUCACACAGAGAUCAGCCCAGAAACCAUCCAGACAAUCAUCAAUAAGCUGAAGGAAAUGAACGGUGAUAGAAUCUUUCCAGAGAGAAGCAUCAACAUCUUCCACUGUCUGAUGGAGAUGAACGACCACUCAGUCCAUCAGCAGAUCCAAGAGUUCCUGAAGUCAGAAAACAGAUCAGAGAACGAACUCUCUGACAUCCAGUGCUCAGCUCUGGCCUACAUGCUGCAGAUGUCAGAGGAGGUUCUGGAUGAGUUGGACCUGAUGAAAUACAACACAUCAUGGGAGGGAAGAUUGAGACUGAUCCCAGCUCUGAGGAACUGCAGAAAGGCUCAACUUUCUGGCUGUGAACUCACAAAGAUUCACUGUGAAGUUGUGGCCUCAGCUCUAAAGUCCAACCAGUCACAUCUGACACAUCUGGACCUGAGUAACAACAACCUGGAGGACUCAGUGGAGGUUCUGUGUGCUGGACUGGUGACUCCUCACUGUCGACUGGAAACUCUAAGAUUGAGUGGCUGCAGUUUGUCAGAGAUCAGCUGUGAUUCACUGGGUUCAGCUCUGAAAUCCAGCCAGUCACAUCUGACACAACUGGACCUGAGCUACAACGACCUGCAGGAUUCAGGAGUGAAGCAGCUGUGUGGUUUUCUGGAGAGUCAUCACUGUGGACUGGAGAUUCUAAGACUGAGUGUGUGUGACCUGUCAGAGAGAAGCUGUGAAGCUCUGUCCUCAGUUCUCAGCCCUCAGUCAUCUAGUCUGAGAGAACUGGACCUGAGUAACAACAACCUGCAGGAUUCAGGAGUGAAGCUACUGUCUGCUGGACUGAAGAGUCCUCACUGUCGACUGGAGACUCUCAGGCUGUCAGGCUGUCUGCUCUCAGAGGAAGCUUGUGUCUCUCUGGCCUCAGCUCUGAGCUCCAACCCCUCCCAUCUGAGAGAGCUGGACCUGAGCUACAAUCAUCCAGGAGACUCAGGAGUGGAGCUGCUGUCUGCUGGAGUCACGGAUCCACACUGGAGACUGGACACUCUCAGGGUGGAGCCUGGUGGAGUCCGAUGGUUGACACCAGGUCUGAGCAAGUAUUUCUGUCAACUCACCAUCGACACAAACACAGUGAACGGGAAACUACAACUGUCUGACAACAACAGGAAGGUGACAUGUGUGGAGGAGGAUCAGUCGUAUCCUGAUCAUCCAGACAGAUUUAACGUCUGUCCUCAGCUGCUGUGUAGUAAUGGUCUGACUGGUCGCUGUUACUGGGAGGUUGAGUGGAGAGGAAGGGUUCAUAUAUCAGUGAGUUACAGAGGAAUCAGUAGGAAAGGAAACUGUGAUUACUGUGGGUUUGGAUUUAAUGAUCAGUCCUGGAGUUUGAUCUGCUCUGAUGGUCGUUCUGCUGUCAGACACAAUAACACAUUUACAUUCAUCUCCUCCUCUGUGUCUGACAGAGUAUCAGUGUAUGUGGACUGUCCUGCUGGUUCUCUGUCCUUCUACAGAGUCUCCUCUGACAAACUGAUCCACCUUCACACCUUCAACACCACAUUCACUGAACCUCUUUAUCCUGGGUUUAGGUUCUUGCAUCCUGGUUCCUCAGUGUCUUUGUGAGAUGUGUCGUAGUAAGAGUUUGAUUCUGUCAGAGAAACGUUAGUGUUGAAUAUAGUUCUGUCUGUUCACGUCUGUCUCGCUUCAGAUUCAUGUAUUAAUACUGUUUUUUUUCUAAACUAGUUCUAAAUGAUUCCUUGUGAACGUCUUCCUUCUGCCAUCCUUAAAAAGAUGGAAGUUCUGAUUAUUCCAGGAUCAAAUUUUGAUGACUCGUCGUGAAGUUGUUUUAUAGUGAAUAUCAGGAAGUUUCAGUUCGAUGUGACAAACUGUGACAUCAGAGAAAAACGACUGAGUUGAAUUAGUAAGAAGCGUCCAGAUGUUCACAGAUGAUUGUUGAAUGAAAAUUGUUGAUUGAAUGUUUCUGAUCUUUCUUUGUCCAACUAGUAGAAGAGAGCAGCUCAGCCUCACAUUAAAGUGCUUAAUUUACCUUUAACAAUAAAUGAUCACCAUGUAUGAGCAUAGUUUGCUCAUGCAGAAAUUUUUUUUAAUUCAACCACUAAUAAUUUUUAGAAAAUCUUUGAUGUGUAUUAAUAAUACUAAAUGCAGAUGAACAGGAGUCAGAACCUCACUCAGACUCAGUGUUGGUUUAACAGGUCUCCUGUUGAAAAUAAAAGACACCAGCUACUAAGGAAA